CGACGCGCAGGGAGGAGGAGCCGGAGACGAUGCUGCACUUCAGCCAUCCGGUGGUGCACCCCUCCCCGCCGGUGGUGGGAUAGGGGCAGGCGGAGGUGGAGAUGGUGCCGCCGGCGCAGGGGCAGGCGGUGCAGGUGGAGGGGCCGAACGGGGACGGGAACGCGCCUGCUGGGAUGAUCAUGAGGGACCCGUGGACGCGGUGCGGCCUCGUGUUCCGCCUCCUGCAGGCCGCCUUCGCGGCCGCCGCACUCGCCGUCAUGGCGUCUACCGACGACUUCUCCUCCGUCACCACAUUCCGCUACCUCGUCGCAGCAGCAAGCGUGCAAUGCCUGUGGAGCCUCGCCGUGGCCAUUCUGGAUGCCUAUGCAAUUGUUGUCAAACGUUCCUUCCGAACUGCCCGGGCUGUCAUCAUACUUUCCCUCGGGGACUGGCUCACAGGAACACUGAUCUUCAGUGCGGCGUGUGGAUCAGCAGCUAUCACCACUCUCUUUUCCAAUGAUUUCGGAGCUUGCUCGGUAAAUCCCUGUGGAAGCUUCAUGAGCGCUACCGCCAUGGCUUUCCUGAGCUGGCUUGCGCGUGUGCCGGCCUUUAUCGGGAACCUUUGGACGGCGGUCCACCGAAUACAAAAAUUGUAGUUUGUGAAACAAGAACCGGGCAGUUUGCGCAACCCGGUCCCGUUUUCGUGACCAACUUCGACGCAUCGACCGUAGCACAUCUAACUAUAUUAUGACCGGGAAGCAACGGAUGCAUACCCGCCGAACAAAGUAUGCCAUCAAUGUUUCUGUACGAAUUAGGGAGUAACUUGAUGUUUGAAAGGGUGGUUGUGCUGCUCUGGAUUUUCUUCUUCUUUUGAGGAUAGUAUGACUUCUUACUAUAUCAGGGUGGACUGGCGGUUCUGUUCUGGGGAUGAAAAGAUGGGUUACUUGUGUA